AAUAAUAAUAAUAAUAAUAAUAAUAAUAAUAAUAAUAAUAAUAAUAAUAAUAAUAAUAACACUAACAAUAGUAGCAGCAACCAUCAAAUGAGUGGAGCAUGUUCAUCUGUGGUAGAUUAUCAACGUUCUCCAUCUGCUGCCAUGGCUGCGGCUGGAACGGAUGGAAUGAGUGCCUCCCCAGAGACAGGAGCCUCCAUGCCAUCCACUUCUUCACGAGAUGUGCCUACACCUCAACCUAUCACCUCACUCCGUCCAGGAUGUGUUUUUGUGCGAUUGGAACACCCACGCCACGGUGAACCAACACUCUUUUUGUGUCCACCACCACCAGCAGCAGCAGCAGCAGCAGCAUCAAAAGCAGCGUCUCUAUCAACAACAGAAGUGAAGACAGAAGAGAAGAAGGAUUGUCAUAAUAGUGAUGCUUCGGAUGUUGUUUUAUAUGAAGUACAGGCACAGAUACCACUUGGUGGGUUUGGUCAAACAUGGUUUGUGGAUAACGUAGUGGAACCAAAUGAGGAACUUCUUAUCGUGACACCAUUUGAUAUUACCUUCUUUGCACUACGUCAGGCCGCAACUAAUGUCAUGAAAGAUAAAUUUCAAUCUGCAGAGGAUCUCAUUAUGGGCGCAAACAGAAAUGGCAACAGUACAAAAAGUAAUGGAUGGCCUGGUUGGGGUGUGGCACUAGCACAGUGCCCUGAAUUGGCUCCAGCAGUAGAAGCAAUGCAAUCUAAGAAAGUUCUUUCACGUAUUUGUGAAGUGAAAUCAAUUGGAGGAGAUGACUACUACCGCUUUAGUGAGGAGAAAAUGGGAGAAUGGUUGCGUGAAAAACUACAGAACGUGUUGCAUUGUCAAGCUUUAAGAUCUAUUCUUCAGUUAGACAACAACGCCUCUUCUUCUUCUUCUUCUGGUACUUCUCAUGCUGUUGAUAAUAGUUCUCAUAAUGCUACUAUACCCAUUGUACCACUUCCUGUUGCGUUUGGAGUGAUAUCGGAAUAUGUGGUAGAAGAAAUGAUUGCAACUGCAUCAGAACUCUGUGCGGCAAGCAAUAACGAAGAUAAGACAAAACAAUAA